AUGCAAACCUGCUUCAUUUUCGUGAAUCCUGGAUACGUGAAACCUGGCGCAGAAGUUUUGAAACCGUUCGCCUCGAACACUUGGUGCUUGUUCAUUAUAUCCGGAUUAGCCAUUGGAAUAUCCAUUAACCUAGCUUUCUGGGUCGAAUACAUUUUCGGUAAAAUCAACACCAAAUACAGCCUGUGCACUUCGAUGGUAAUAACAAUCUCGGUACUAACUCAGCAAGGAUCAUCAAUAGUACCGUUCGGUACGGCCGGCCGGAUAAUCUACCUCAAUCUCCUGGUAUUCUCCAUCAUAAUCUACAACUACUACACGUCCAGCUUGGUGUCCUCGCUGCUCAGCACAGUACCGGACGCCAUAGGUACCAUCAAGGAGCUGUACGAGAGCAACCUGAAGGUGGUGGUGGAGAAGCGUCCUUACACCCUCACCUACAUCCUGCAGCAGAAGAAUAACCGGUACAUCGACCUGCUCAACAGGACGAAGAUUUUCGAAAACGAUAUUCCUAAUUACCUGCCGCCCGAGGAGGGUAUUGCGAAAGUCAGGCUCGGUACUCACGCGUACCAUACUGACGACGUCACCGCUUAUUUCCUGCUGGAUAGGGAAGAUCAGGAACUGGUUUGCGAUCUGGCCGAGAUUAAUUUGAUACAAAAUAGCGAUAUUGGAUUGGUGCUGCAGAAGUACUCGCAGUAUACCGAGUUGUUUCAGAUAAGUUUGAGAAAAAUGCAGACGAGCGGAGUUUACCACAGGGAAAAGACCUUUUGGAUACCGAGGAAACCGGUUUGCCUGCUUACCACACGAGUAAAAGCCGUCGGAAUUAACGAGUUAUUUUUGGUGUAUUUAAUACUUUGUAGCGGCGUGUUUUUGGCGAUUUUUAUUCUCUGUUUGGAAAUUACUUCGAGCAGGCUCAGCAACUUUCGGUUUUGUUACGACACCAGGAGGCACAAAUAUGUUUAA